ACAAAAUGAAAACAAUAAAGAGCAACGUCAGCUCACAGCUACAUUUAUAUCGCAUGAGAAACAUAGGAAUCUAUGGUCCUCAUAACGAAGAAUCAACUAAAAAAGCCAUUUGUAACUUAAUAUCGGAAAUAACAGAAUGUGCAAAAGGAGCGUUCUUAUCACCUAGAAGGUCAUUUAAACGUGGUAUUAGACUAGAAAAUAGGGUACGAGAUGACCUUGCACGUAAUACUACACCCAAUGAAAUGGAUGCAAAGAUGUUCGACCUUGAUCGAGCAUUGCAAGCAUUUCGUAUCCUGAAGACUACUACAAAGCAACCACACAAUGACCAUCAAAAGGCCCGGUUUUCAACAUAUAUCCCUAGGAAUUAUGACACUUCCAAGCAGCCAAGUACUUCCCCUGGCCAUAGGCAUGAAUUUAUGAUGUACCCGGAAUCGCUACAACGGGAAUCAUGCCAUUGGAGGCAUUUCAAUACUAGAUCGUUCACCGGAAGUGUUAAUGAGGGAAGAACAAUGAACCAAAACACACUGCCAGCAGAUAGAUACUCACGAGCAGCAACUGUGGCAGGAUUCAUGCUUAAAGCAGCAUCGCUAACUGCAAAACAGGCAGUGCAGCGAUAUUUACAAGGUGAACGGAAAAGUUUACUCAAGGGAUCAAUGUCCAGUGAUGAACAUGUAGAUUUAUUAAUAGAUUGCCUAUGUAAAAUGAGAGGAACUGCGCUCAAAUUCGGACAGCUACUAAGCCUGCAGUAUGGCAUAUUGCCAGAACGUAUCAGAAAGGCAUUAGUAGCAGUUAGACAUAGAGCUGAUGUUAUGCCAUUGGAACAAGUUCACCAAAUCAUGCAAAAGGAACUGGGACAUAAUUGGAAAACGCUAUUCCGAGAGUUCAAGGAUCAGCCAUUAGGAAGCGCUUCAUUGGGGCAGGUCCAUGAAGCAAUCACAGCAGAUGGUACAAGGGUAUGUGUCAAAGUACAGUUCCCGGGAGUCGCUGAAUCAAUAGAUAGCGAUAUCGCAAAUCUAAUCUUCAUCUGUACGAAAACAAACCUUAUACCAAAAAGCUUCUUCGUUAACCAAUUUGCAAGAGAGAUAAAAGUGGAACUAAACAGUGAAUGCAACUAUGAAAAUGAAGCUAACUUUUAUAAGAUAUUCCGUCAACUGGUAUUAGAUGGGUUCAAUGUACCGAGGGUAAUGGAACACCUCUCAACUAAAAGGAUAAUCACCACCGAGUUUGUAACUGGAGUGCCAAUAGAGGAAUGCAAAUAUCUGCCACAAGAUAUAAGGGACUCUAUAGGCGAUCGGUUGCUGAGACUAUCUCUGUCUGAACUCUUUAUAUUCAGCCUCAUGAAUACGGAUCCAAACCCAAGCAACUACCUAUACGAUGAACAUACCGAUAUUAUCGGACUUAUCGACUUUGGAUCAUGUCGGUCGUAUAACCAAGGCUUCGUUGAGGAGUACUUUAGACUAGUACAAGCAUCAGUCAAUGAAGACAUUGAGCAAAUAAAUACACUAUCAAAGUCACUAGGGUUCCUGAAUGACCAUGAUACUGAAGAAAUGCUUAAACACCAUGCUGAAUCUGUACUCAUUACAGGGCAGCCUUUCAGGCACCAAGGACGAUUCGACUUCAGUGCCUGCGAUAUCAUACAACGGUGCCGUGAAAAAGCUUCCAUCAUACUUAAAAUAAGAAAACAACCACCGCCGCCCGAGGUGUACUCCUUGCACAGAAAGCUAGCAGGGUGCUAUGUCAUGUGUAAUCUAAUAGGCGCCAGAGUUGAUGCGCGCAAUAUAUUCAUAGAUAUUGCCAGAGCAAGAGAAGCUAUGUAAUUGCU